UUGGUAACAGUUGAGAACCCAUCAUUCAUUAAAGCUGUACUACGUACAACUCCACACUCUACACCAUCCCAAAAAAAAUUGCACUCAAAACUACCACAUACCAAUACAAAUCCCAUUGUUUCCUAAGCCUUAAUUAGUCCCAACAACUUCACCAAAAACACUUACAAUUUCAUGACAUGCCCUGUUCAUGAUCAUAGUGUUUCUCUGAUUUAUGUGUACUAAGUUAGGUUGAAUACUAAUGGCGGAUGAUGCGGUAUUUAGACGGUGUUUGUUGUGCUUAGCGGUGGUGAUAAUAGUGGUUGGAUACAACACACUUUCUUUUAAGAAAAUGUUGGUGACUUACUUUGUGGGACUUGCUGCUAUUUCUGGUGUUCUGUUGCCUGAUUGGGAUUUUUUUGAUAGAGAUCCUUUUCAAUGGACUUACCCUCUUACUGUCGAUCAGAUUAACCGCUCAGAUGUUCUUAGGAACGGAUCUACUAGGUUUCGGUUUUAUCCGAUAAGAACAAUGAUAUAUGGUGUUGUCUACGCCUUUGGUUUCUACAAGUGGUGGACGUAUGUAACUCAAUAAAGGGAAAAUCACCAUGGUUUCAACACUUGCUUUCUUAUUCUAUGCAAUUCUAGCUUGUUUAGAUCUACUUAUCAUGUCUUCCAAAUUGCCUCAUCAAGUUUUUCUUUUACAAGUAUAUUUUAUCAUGUAUUAAUAGUUCAGACAACCACUUUAGUAAUUACUAUUUAUCAAUUGAUCUUAUUUAGAAGAAAAAAAGUGGAUUUUUCCGCUUUUUUAUCAUUUUUUUCACCGUAUUUUUUCUCUCUACUCUAAUCAUUAU